GAGUAGCGGCCGGAAGCUGCGAGCGUUUCCUCGGAUCAGGCUCCUUGUCGGCGGGCCGGCUACGCUCUCGGUUUUCCACGUUUCUCUCAGGGACCCUCUGAGCGGACUCCUGCGGCGGCCGGGCAGACGGGGAGCCCGGAUAACCAUGAGCGUGGGUUUUAUCGGCGCUGGCCAGCUGGCCUGCGCCUUGGCGCGGGGCUUCACGGCCGCAGGCAUCCUGUCGGCUCACAAAAUAAUAGCCAGCUCCCCGGAAAUGGACCUGCCCACGGUGUCCGCUCUCAGGAAGAUGGGUGUGAACCUGACCCGGAGCAACAAGGAGACGGUCAGGCACAGUGACGUGCUGUUCCUGGCCGUGAAGCCACACAUCAUCCCCUUCAUCCUGGACGAGAUCGGGGCCGACGUCCAGGCCAGGCACAUCGUGGUGUCCUGUGCGGCUGGCGUCACCAUCAGCUCUGUGGAAAAGAAGCUGAUGGCUUUCCAGCCGGCACCCAAGGUGAUCCGCUGUAUGACCAACACACCUGUGUUGGUGCGGGAGGGCGCGACAGUGUAUGCCACGGGCACCCACGCCCUGGUGGAGGACGGGCAGCUCCUGGAGCAGCUCAUGAGCAGCGUGGGCUUCUGCACGGAGGUGGAGGAGGACCUAAUCGACGCUGUCACAGGGCUCAGCGGCAGCGGACCUGCCUAUGCGUUCAUGGCCCUGGACGCGUUGGCUGAUGGUGGGGUGAAGAUGGGCCUGCCGCGGCGCCUGGCUGUCCGACUGGGGGCCCAGGCCUUGCUGGGAGCUGCCAAGAUGCUGCUGGACUCAGAGCAGCAUCCCGGCCAGCUCAAGGACAAUGUGUGCUCCCCCGGGGGGGCCACUAUCCACGCCCUGCACUUCCUCGAGAGCGGGGGCUUCCGCUCUCUGCUCAUCAACGCGGUUGAGGCCUCCUGUAUCCGAACACGAGAGCUGCAAUCCAUGGCUGACCAAGAGAAGGUCUCCCCAGCUGCCCUCAAGAAGACCCUCCUGGACAGAGUCAAGCUGGAAUCCCCCACAGUGACCACACUGACCCCAACCAGCUCAGGGAAGCUCCUCACGAGAAACCCAGUCCCAGGAGGCAAGAAGGACUAAGCAGCCUGGGUCUGUCCUCCCCUGUGUCCAGAGCCCUCGGCUGUGAGGGCCAUGUAGGGCGAGCUGAUAGAGGUUCAGUCAGCUUCAGGUCCUCAUGAUAAACCUCCUUCCGUCUGUUAGACCCAGCAGCGCUGGUUUCCCCUCCUGUCUCGUGUUAGAAGAUGCUAUGAAGGGGUGGCUGGAAAUGAGAUGCAGCCCUGCAGACCUCACACAUUGGAGGAGAGGGAGGCUGGGACUUUAUUCAGAGCCCCAGCUGCGUAGGCAGGCCUGGAGACCUUCAAUGGAUGACUCCUUCAACUGAGGUCCUCCCACUGGAGCCCACAGCAGGGUCAGCUUGUUGCUGAGUCAAGGUGUACGAAACAUGACCAGGACUUCUCGAAUUAGUAAAAGGAAAAGAAGUGAGCGACUUAGACUUAUCACAAUCAGAAAUGCACAUCUUAGACUGUGUUAUAUUUAACUCUUGCUUCAUAGG